AUGGAUGUUGUUGGCAAUCUUAUAUCAUUGGAAAAAUUUCAAUUACAUGGUAUUGCAAUCAGAAAACUGUAUGCUUCUAUUGGUUCCUUACCAUAUUUAAAGCACUUGUCAGCUAGGAAUUGUCUGUCUUUGAGCAAGUUGCUUGAUUCAAUUGAAGGAUUAGCUUCUCUUGUUGAGCUUCUGUUAGCCCAGACACCAAUUACAAAUCUAUCUGAUCAGGUAGGUGCCCUGAAAAUGCUGAGGAAGCUUGAGAUGAGGAAUUGUAAAGAUCUUAAAUUUUUACCAGAAUCAAUUGGAAGCAUGUUCACUCUUACUUCUCUAAACAUAUCUAAUUCCAAUAUUUCUGAAUUUCCAGAAUCAAUUGGGAUGCUGGAAAAUCUUGAGUUACCUGAAAUCUUUGGGAUGCUUUCAAGCUUAAUGAUAUUAGAAAGGGCUAAGAAACCUGAUUUCUUGUUAGUUGAAAAUAGGGUACCUAGAGAGGAUUUGGGUGUAGCUGAAAAAGAGAAACAUAAUCCUUUCAGACUUCUAGCUUCUUUCUCCAAUUCAUGCUCGAUUGAAGAACUGGAUACUCAGGCUUGGAAUCUAUGUGUUGCGAACCGUAUUGCAUUGGAAAGGGUGUCUGAUAUGUCAAAGUUGGAAAGCUUGCGUGAGCUGAACCUUGCAAACUGUGAGAAGGUGGAGGAUAUUCUGGGCCUUAAAUGCAUGAAGUCAUUGACAAGUACAAUGCCAAAGUUGAAGGGAGUUCCAAAGAUGAAUGAAGAUCAAAUUUACUUGUUUCGAUAUCCAGAUUGUCAUUUGUUAGUUUCAAAGUUGAGAGAUGGUUAUGACAUAAAUGUGAGAGGGCAAGACCCACCAUUCAUAAAUGGAAUUGAGGUGAAAAAGUGUGGGCUUUAUUUGAUCUUCAAAGGUGAUAAUGAUUACAAGGGAGAUGAAGAAUCGUUGGACAAGAGCUAG